AUGGAGCGGCUUAAACAUGAUCAGUUUGUAAAAUCUUCACAGUGCACAAUCAGUUUCAAUUCUCAGCUCGCAAGUCUGAAAAGUUCUUUAGGGCUAUGGGAAGAUAUGAUAACGAAAACCUCAAAAUUAAGUGCGUCGUUGAAAACUGUCAUCCAAUGUAUUGGUGGAUUCUUGGAAGCAUUUCAAAAAAUUGCAGAUUGUGCUUACAGUAGUAAUUGUGGUCUAAGAGAACUUGGCAGUUCAAUGACUCGAUUCUGUUUACGUGAACGUGGAUUAGAGUCCAGGCUGCGUACAUUUAAUAGUCAACUGAAUGAAUGUCUAACUGCUCCACUUGUUGAUCGACUUGAAGAAUGGAAACGUACAGUGGCUCAGUUAGAUAGAGAAAAUGGUAAAGAAUGGCGUCGUGCUAAAAGUGAACUACAAAGAGCGACAUGUGAACUUGAGAAGCUUUCAAAGAGAUCACGUCGAAAGGGAAGUUCAGUAUCCAAUGGCGGUGGAGAUUUUGAUUCACACAAUGAAAUUCAUGCAUUUAAAACACUACAGUCGAACGAUUCAAAUAACAAUAAUAAUAAUAAUGGAAUCCUUCAAUCUGGUGAUAAUAUGCACUUGAAUUUUGCGCAACAUGAUCUAAUAUUAAAACAGAGAACACUGGCUGAAUUGGAACGUGUCAGUUUACGUAGAGCAGUGAUUGAAGAACGUCGAAGAUUUGCUGAACUGCUUACUUGUUUGAAACCAGUUCUGGAUUCAAAACUAGCUAUAUUCGGUGAUGUCAGCUUAUUCGAAGAGUCUAUUCUAGCUAUAACGCAUAAUUCUUAUGAUCCAAAUCAAAUACCUGAUGAAAUAGAAGAAGCAAUAGACUAUGCAGUUGGUCAUGUCACUUCUUCUAGCCUUACAUCAUCUGAUCGUAAAUACUCAACCUCAGCAUUUGGCGGCGGUGGUUGUAGUAGUCGAUCGGAAUCACGGUGUACACUACGAUCAACUAAACAACAACAACAUUCUGGGAUUGGUAGUAGUAGUAGUACUACAGGAAGUGGAUUGGACAUUUCUGCUCAACAUAAUAAUCAUUACUCGAGUACUGGAAGUGGCCUAUCUUGUCAUGCCUCAGAAUUAAGUCUUCAAUCGUCUAUAUCUGUGUCAACGAAUAGUUCAUGGAAUAAUAAUAAUAAUAUCGGCAGUGGCAAUAGCAAUGGUAAUAGUAAUACUGCUAGUUACAAUAAUCACUCACAGUCUACAAUACAUGCAUCUAAUCCACAUUGUGAUGCUUUAAACUCUACUAAUAUAAACAAUACAGUUAUGCCUGAUAGUAUGUCUUCUCAUACUCAUGCUGGUGUCGGCGACUCUGUUAGUCUAUUUGAAAAUCCUGAAGGUUCAAUUAGUGGAGAAUCAGGUUCAUCAGACAGACCAGUACAAAAUUCAGUUCUGGACUCAAUCAAUGUUGACUGGAUUCCUCUACCUGGUCUAACAAAUAAAGAUGGUAAUUUCAAUGAUCGUAGAAUACAACACACAAAUACUGCUGCUGCUUCUGCUUCUGCUGCUGAAGGUGGAUAUACAUCAGAGAAUGGAAAUAUAAGAGAUGAUGAUGAUGUGGACGAUAGUCAUGAUGUUACAAGUAAUAGUGGUGGUGGGGGUGGUGAUAUUGGUGAUCGAUCUGGAGGUUGUGGUGGUACAACAACAGCGACAACAAACGAUGAUACUGAUGAUGGUGAGACUGAUGAUGAAAAAUUAGAUCAAAGUAGUCAAGAUUUGAGUAAAUCUCGACAAACACCAAUGCUAUAUCCAAAUCAAGCUAUCCCUGCACCAGUCUAUACAAAUUUGAAUGAAUUGAAAAAAGCAGCUGCACGUAAAUUUCAAAAUCGUCAGAAUUCGCCUACUGUCACCUCAACAAACAACAGUAACAACAAUGAAACUGUCAGCAGUAUCAACAGCAAUUCCUUGUAUGCUGGUCGAAAGUUUAGCCUACAGUUGAAUGAUUCAGUGAUAACUUCUUCACCACCGCCUCCUCCUCCUCUUCCUCCCCCCUCUAUUCCGCCUAUUGGUGCUGGUAAUGGUCAUGCUGAAGAGUCUUAUGCUGUUACUAACAUGAACAAAUUUGAUCCGAAUUUAUCCCAAUCAUCUCAAGUUAUCUGGCCAUCUAUUGUAUCCAAUGGGAAAGAAUUCGAGGGAGAGAAGUGUUGUUAUACACCGCCUGUCUCUACAGGUGUUGGUGGAGGUCUGACUACUGCACCACUAUCGGACAUAAUUACCAGAGGUAAUAAUAACAACAACAACAAUAAUAAUAAUAUGCAUAAUUCAUGGGAAUAUGAUCAUAAUCCUGCCUUAUUGAAUCAAUCAACCUAUCAAAUCAAUAAAUCACCAUUAUUAUCAUCAUCAUCAUCACAGUCAACAACAAUUGGACAAUUACCGAUGACACCGUCGACACCAUUUAUUAGUGGAAGUCUUGUUAGUGGUGUUGGUGUCGGUGUUGGCGGGAGUACAUGUGAUCUAUUGCAAUCGAAUGUUGCUGUUGGUGGUAGCACAAAUGAUAAUGAGUAUAUUACAACAUGUGUCAAUUCUGGUACAUCAACAUUUCGUCGUAGACAAUCAGAAUACUUUAAAAAGUCAUUAGAUGGAACAAAUCCAGGCAUAUGUCCAUCAUCACCUCCUUUAAAUUCAUCCUUGAGAAAUAGUAAUUAUGCUUCAAUAGUAACACCAGGUUUAAUACGUCGAGGUAGUCAGGCUUAUCAACAGACAUCUCAUGUUGGUCGUCUAUGUGAACGUCCAAUUCACCCACCAAGACGUUCAAGUAGUGUAAGUCGUGAAAUAGCUUCACACAAUAACAAUAUGCUACUGAAUAAUAGUAAUAAUAAUAGUCCGCAUAUCAAUCAUAACAAUAAUCAACAUUAUUCACGAUUAAAUUUAUCUGAUUUUGCUGGGAAUAAAAAUCCAUCACCAUUUACAUUGUCACAUGAAUCAGGGAAUAAUAAUAAUUUUAAUAAUAGUCGAGUACAGUCGAAUCCUUAUAUGAGCAGUACUCCACCGACGCCGCCGCCUCCUCCUCCACAACAACAACAGCAAUAUCAACAGAAAUCGUUAAGUUUUCAACAGACAAAUCAGAAUAUGCCUCAACAAUACUCCUACAGACAACAACAACAACAACAAAGCCAAUACCAACAAUGCUAUCAUCAAGAAGUAUCUAGUCCUCUGCCAGCGUCAUCGUCAUCGACCUCUGUAUUUACGACUUCAUCAACGUCGAAUGUAAACAAUUCACAGGGUAACAGCAAUAAUAAUAAUAAUAAUAGUCAAUUGAUGUUUGGUGUUAAAGUCUUGCCUAAUAUAACGCCUCCUACACUACUAAGUAAUAAUCCUAUUGGUAGCCAAUCAAGAUUACCACAAAGAAGUUUAACUCGUCAAGCAAGUUGUGAACCAUUGGGGGCGGUGGUGCUAGUGCUGGUGGCACAGGGAAUAUGA